AGCGCGAUUCCGAGGACGAAGCCCCCGUGUCCGUGUUUAUCACGGAGCCCCGCGGGCCCACGGCCCCGUCACGCGCCGGCCGGCUCGCCCUUAAACCGGAAGCAGGCGGGAAGGGCCCGGCGGCAGGCGGCGAGCUGCCCGAGGAGCAGAGGCCGGCCCGGAACGGCGGCGGCGGGGAGCGGUGCUCGGUCGGGCAGCGCCGGGGAGGGCGCAGCGUGCCGAUAGCGUCAUUUCCGCUUCCGCAACGUCCCCGACCGGAAAAGGGAGGUGGUCGCCAUGGCGAGCCGCGGGCAGGUUUUGAAGCUUUUUAAAUUAUUACACAGAACACGGCAAGAAGUUUUCAAAAAUGAUACCAGAGCCCUUGAAGCUGCAAGAAAAAAGAUAAAUGAAGAAUUCAAAAAUAACCAAGAUGAGACAUCUGAAGAAAAGAUAAAUGAGCUUCUGAAAAUGGCUUCAGAUGUUGAAGUGAUUCUCAGAACUUCUGUUAUUCAGGCAGUUCACACUGAUUCUGACAAAAUAUAUACUGGAAGGCCUUGGACUGGAAGGUCUCUGCAGAGUCUUCUCCAGGCUGAACAAUCCCAGCUCUCUCAGCUUGUCUUCGUGGGAGAGGUGCUCCAACCCUCUGAUCAUCUUUGUGGUCCUCCUUUGGACUUGCUCCAACAGGUCCAUGUCCUUAUGUUGGGUCCAGAGCUGGAUGCAGUACCCCAGGUGGGGUAUCACGACAGCAGAGGAGAAGGAGAGAAUCACCUCCCUCGACCUGCUGGCCACGCUUCUGAUGCAGCCCAGGAUACGAUUGGCCUUCUGGGCUGCUAAGAUUAUUAGCAGCUGUCUAUCAGAGCUGAGCACGGUCAUCAAGCUAUGGGCAAACCAGGCAUUUAUAAACACAGUGAUGGCACAGUGUGUUCUCUUUCAUUCUCAAUCAGUUUCCUAGUCAAUCCUAAUUCUGAAACUCAAUUUUGGCUUCUGUGUGUACAUAUAUAUAUUUUUUUUUUGACAAAAAUAUCUUGUAUUCAUUAAACUCACAUGAAUGGUCUUAGUCAGUUUUGAACCUAUCACUUUCUUUUUGUGAAGUUAGUAUUUUUUUGACCUGUGUGCAUUACAUGUCUCCACAUGUAAUUUUGUCUGUUAUUUUACUGUCUUAAGCUUGUCCUGCAAUUCUUCACACUAAGCCAUUUUCUUAACUUACACAGGAUGGUGUUGUUAACCCCAAUCUUAUCCAGGUUACUUACAAAUGUGUUGAACAUAACACGUGCACACGAAAAUGCCUGUAGAACUCCAGUCUGAACAUUAGGGUACCUGUUCAUUUAUUAUUCACUUCUACGGUUUAACCAGUGACUUACCCAUGCAAGGCCUUCUGUCAUAAUAAGGCUGUUAUUUUCUUAAAAGCAUUAGCUGAGGGACUUGUGGGAAUCCAAGCAUGUUGAGGCAGCACCGCAAGAGCUGUUCAGAGAACUCCGGCGGGGACUGCAAGGCAGAACUUCCCUUGCAAAAGCCACGUGAAUUUGUGUUCAAAUACUAAUUUAUGUUCUAAUACUGUGUUGAGUGUGUAGGGAUGAGGUUAGGACAGCCAGAGCCCACCUGGAGUUGAUCUUGGCAAGUAACGUGAAGGACAGCAAGCUUCUAUAAGUAUAUUAGCAGCAGAAGGAAGAGGAGGAAAGAUGUGGGCCCACAGCUGAAAAGGGCAGGGAACCUGGUAACAGAGGACACAGAAGAGAUUGGGGUGUUUGGUACCUUCUUCACCUCUGUCUUUACUGCUAAGGUUUGCCUUCAGGAAUUGUAGGCCUCAGACCACUGAAAAUGUCUGAAGCAGGGAUGAAUAACUUUUGGUAGAGGACGAAAAAGCUAGGGAACAUUUAAACAGAUGGGGCAUACACAAAUCCAUGGGAUCUGAUGAGAUGCACCCAUGGAUGGUGAGGGAGCUGGCUGAUAUAAUUGUGAAGCCACUCUCAAUCUUAUCUUUGAAAAGUCAUGGUGAUUAGGGGAGUUGCUUGAGGACUGGAAGACAGCAAAUGUCACUCCUUUUUUCAAGAAGGGCAAGAGGGAGGAUCUGGGAAACUGGUCAGCCUCACCUUGAUCCCUGGGAAGGUGGUUGAACCAAUCCUGGAAGGUGUUUCCAAAUGUUUGAAGAACAGAAUGGGUACUGGGAGUAGUCACCAAGGAUUUAUGAAGGGGAGAUCUCUGACCAGUCUGAUACUCUUUUACAGUGAAAUUACUUGACCCAGGACAAGGAGAGAGUAGUGGUGAUAGUCUGCUUUGACUGAAUUAGAGCUUUAAUGCUUCUCCUUUAAAAUCUCUGUAAACAAAAAUUGAUAGAAUUGCCCCCACCUAAUUCUACAAACUUCUUAGAGAAAUGGUGGUGAUGAGGUUUUGUGGAAGAGGGACGUCUUCCCAAGUCUAGUACAGGCCAGAAAGACUUUGUCCUGUGGCAAAAAAUUUGGAGUGCAUCUGUACACAGGUUGCAUUUGACCUGCUUAUAAAAACAGGGUGUGAUUGUGAAGUUUCUUGGACAUUCUUUGUUGUUUGUUUUUUGUUUUGUUUUUGUUUUUGGUUUUUUUUUUCCGUUUUCCUGUAUCUGCUUUGGAUAGGUCUGAGCUGUCUGUUUUAUGUGUGUUUGGAAUAUAUAUUGAAGUGAAAAAUACUUAGUCUUGGUAAUGUAGUGAAUCACCAAUUAAAAGAUCAGAAAAGUUUAGAAAAGAAAUCUAGUACAGCUUUGCUGAAGGACGGGUUAGCAGAACAAAAUCAACCUGUUUGAUCCUUAAUCUUUAUGCUCUGUGGUAACUUUUUUAGUGCCAACAGAAUUGCAGUGAGUUCCCUUGUUGCUUUUAUGGUAUCCUGUAUUAAAUGAGAGGCUCCGGACAGAUUUAUUUACACACACACAAACACAAAAUAGGGGAAGUGCAGUACUAAGGCUACUGCUUGAGUUGCUAUUUGUUGGUAAAUAACAAUAAGCGACCCCAGUUGAAAAGUUUAUGUUACAUAGUGUUUCCUCUAUUGCUAUAUGUUUGGUUUGGAAACUUUUUAAGUGAAGGUUUACUGUGCUGUAAUUUAAAGUAUAUUGGCUUAUUUGGAAAAAAAAAAAAAAGCAAGUGUGAAAUACUUACAUUUGGGGUUACAUUUUACAUACUUACAUUUUUAGUUCAUACUGUGUCCUCGCUUCAUCCCAAGCCGUGCCCCCUCUCCCUCACCCCCCAAUUAAAAAAAAAAAGACUGAAGUGAUCAAUUACGAUGUUGUAUGAAAGAAGAGUGGGGAGAAAAGGAAUUAGGUAUUUUCAGAAACCUACUGCUGCAGCUGGUUUGCUUAUGUGAGUUACCAUCAGAAUCUUUUGACUCUAGCUCAUUGCAUUAUAGCUGACAAUAUACACUUUAGCUACACCUGGUGUUUGGGGUAUUUUUGCAGUCCUGUGUCUCUAAAAUAACUAUUUAAUAACUGAAAGGAAAAGUCAAAGACUUGUCUUAGACAAUGAGAACAAAUAUUGUGAGGGGAAAAUUUUCCCUAAUCAAAUGAAAUCAUUCUGUGCUGUCAUAAAAGCAGUGAGAACAGUGCUGUUCUUUAAAAAGAAAGAAUUUGAGAAGCAGUGGUGUAUAGUCAUGUUGGGGCUCACUGAUAAAUCUGUAAAAAAAAGACACUAGGCAGAGGUUUUCUUACUAAAAAGAAGGCAAUUUCAAUUAGAAGCUUGUAAGUCAUAUUAGACAAUUUUUCUGGGUUUUUUUGGAAUGUUUCAGUCUGAGUUACGUUAGUAGUAUGCAAGUGUCUCAGUUAUAUUAAUUUCACUUUAACUUCAGAUUAAGCUGAUACAAGUAGAGCUUCCAUUUAGUAAUAUACCACACAUGCAGUAUGUUUGGAUGAUUUUGAUUGGUGUAUAGGCAAUGUGUCUAAAACUUAGCUUUGAAAAGGAAGGUUAAAAAAUUCUUCUUUCAAUCUUUAUUUGUUUAGACUUUAGCGAUACCUUCUGUUUUUCUUUGGUGUUUCUGUUUCAUCUACCUGUUCUAGGUGUGUAGAUCAACAUGUUUUGUCAUAAAUUUACUCACAAGUAUUUUAUCCCAGAAAAUGCAAUUGAAAUUUUACUUAAAGCUCUUAGAAACUUAUUAAAUGCAUCAGUAUUGGUAUACAGAUGCAAAAGGAACAGACCUUCAAGGCAAUCGGUUCUCUUUCUUAUAAGGGAUAUCAGUGCACUUUGGACAGAAUGUUACUCAUUACACACACGUGCACACAAACACACACGGUUUUACAGGUUUACCGUUUUGCAGCUGUCCGACCAAGUCAAAGUACAGCAUUAUGAUUGCAGAUGUUUGUGCUUUAGUUUUUGCUACUGGAGCAAAUCUGACAUGACACAGCUCCUUCCCUUCAUAAAGAGAGGACAAGCUGAUUUCUGAAGGACUAAAUGGCAAGAACUCAGACAGGAAGAGGUAAAAAUGGUAUAUAAUUAGACAAACACACUGCACUUCUGUGAUGAUAUAGUAACCAUAAUUUUCAUUUGAUGCUUUCUUCUCCUAUUGGCCUUUAAAACAAGUGGGACAAGAUGAAUUUUACAGGUCAGAUGACAGGAUGCGGGGGGAGAGGGCUAAGUCAAAUUUAGUAUUAAUUUUUGGAACCAUUGAAGUAAAUAUAAUAUGACUCAGGCAUGAUAAAAUUGCCGUUCUCUUACUUGCUAAAAGUUACUGCAACACUUUACCAUUUUUUUAUGAAUUCUUAAAACUAGUGAAAUAUUUUCAGUGCUUUUAAAAGAAAAAAGGAGAAGCCAAUAAUCUGACCAACAAAAGGUAAAAAUCUUAAUAUAAUUUUGUCUUGGGUAAAUACUGUGAUUCUGCUUGUACAAAUUCUUGUUUUAGUAACCUGAUUUUUUUGUAGUAACUUGAUUUUUUGGUUGUAAAUGUAAAAACAAUUUUAGAAUUUUAAAUAGUAUUCUCAUAGGUUUUUUUUUCUA